GUGAGGGCUGAGGGGUCGCCUUCCGUCAUGUCCCUGCCACCCUCUCCCGCUCCCACUCCGAGCCCUGGGCCGGCCUGGGUCCUGGCGGACCGUAGCGCUACCAAGCCUGUUACAUACGGAGAACCUAUUGGCAGUCUCCAGGAACAGUAUAAUAAUCUAUGUAUGGAAAAGUCCCAGAAAAUUAAUCCUUUUAUACUGCAAAUACUUCAAGGAGUGGAUGAAGAAAUAAAAAAUGGAUUGGAAGGAAUCACAUUAAACAUUGCUGGUAACAAUCGCUUAAUACCAGUGGAAAGAGUAACAGGUGAAGAUUUUUGGAUUCUUUCCCGAGUUUUAGAGAAGAAUCCAUAUAUUAAUGGUUUGGAUGUUAGAUAUAACCUCCUAAGUGAUGUUGGCGCAUACUAUGCUGCAAAACUGCUUCAGAAACAAUACAAUCUCAUUUACUUAAACCUUAUGUUUAACGAUAUUGGGCCUGAAGGUGGAGAAUUGAUUGCUAAAGCACUACAUACGAAUACAACUCUGAAAUACCUAAGAAUGACUGGAAACAAGAUUGAAAAUGAAGGUGGAAUGCUUUUUGCUGCAAUGCUACAAAUUAAUUCAUCCUUAGAGAAGUUAGAUCUGGGUGACUGUGAUCUGGGAAUGCAAAGUGUGAUAGCAUUUGCUACAGUCCUAACUCAAAACCAAAAAAUUAAAGGAAUAAACCUAAACCGACCUAUCCUGUAUGGUGAACAGGAAGAAUCCACAGUUCAUCUAAGCCACAUGUUAAAAGAAAACCACUGCCUUGUUGAACUGCACAUGAAUAAACAUGACAUAAGAAACGGUGGUAUAAAACAGUUAUGUGAUGCUCUGUAUCUGAACAAAAGCCUGCGCUACCUUGAUGUCAGCUGCAAUAAAAUAACUCGUGAUGGAAUGGUGUUUUUGGCUGAUGUACUGAAAAGCAACACUACCCUGGCAGUAAUAGAUCUUUCUUUUAACAGAAUAGAAACUGCAGGAACAAAGUAUCUCAGUGAAACUCUCACUUCACACAACAGGAGUCUCAAAGCGUUGUCAGUAGUCAGCAACAGCAUAGAGGGAGAAGGACUCAUUGCCCUUUCACAGUCAAUGAAAACAAAUCUCACUCUCUCUAAUAUCUACAUUUGGGGAAACAAAUUUGAUGAGGCUACAUGUGUGGCAUAUUCAGAGUUAAUUCAAAUGGGCUGUCUAAAACCAGACAAUACAGAUGUGGAGCCAUAUGUGGUGGACGGGCGUGUACAUCUUGCAGAAGUCUCCAAUGGCCUGAAAAAGCACUAUUACUGGACACCAAGUUACGGAGAAGCUUGCAGCCACUCAGCUAAUGCAGGUUCUAGUCUUGUACCAAUGGGUGCUGAUACAAUCUCACAAAUACAGAGGUGAGAAAUUCUGCUCUACUCAAGGGAAUAAUUAUCACACUGACUAAAGGUACAUUUUGCCUUCAAAUUUUCCACUAGCUUUACCAUGCUCUUGACAUUCAAAAAGUACUGACAUUUCAAUCUCACUGUCAUCAUUAGACAACACUGUGUAUUUGCUUUCAUAAAAUUAUAAUUCUCUCUUCUUGCAGACUUUCCAGUUCAACCAGCCAAGAAUAUGGCCUAUGCUUUCUCAUCCCAGUGACUCUCUUCACAAUGUUCUUUCUGCUUGAAAUGAGCCUUCCUUUCCUAUCUCCAUGCUCUGAACUCUUCUCCGUCCUGCAAAUUCCCUAGGAUUAAGCCUUUCAAUACUCCCCUCAGAAGUACUUAAUCUCUUCUUCAGCACUCUAUUAUAAUGUCUCUAUUAUAGCCUAUAUUUUGUCUUGUAAUUAUAUUUAUGUAGAUUUCUGUUCUCCCACACCAGAUUGUAAAUUCUUGCAGGAUUACGACUAUGCCUUAUUUAACUUCAUAUACCCUGAAGUUAGGUGUACUUUAGAGGUAUUUAAUAAAUGUUUGUUGAAUUAAUGACUCAAUAUAGUUUUCAGAUGUUACUGAUUAAAUCUUUAUGUUUAUAUUUACUAUCAAAAGACUUACACACUUGGGGCAUAGAGUGGGGGAAAAAAAAGACUUACACACUGAAGAAGCUUGUUUUGUUUCUAAUCAUGAAGGAAAAAAAUGAUAAGCACAAUGAAACUUUUUCAAGGAUUCAUUUUAAGCAAUAGACUUAAAAUUUUGUAGUCUGAGGGCCGGCCAAGUAGCUCAGUUGGUUAUGAGCUCGCUCAAGAGUGCGA